CCCGCAAAUUCGCCGCGGAUUUGCCUUCAGAUAAGACACGGUAGUCCUAUUUCCAAACAGUAGUGCCAUAUGUGGCUCUACACGAUGAUAGGCCGCUACCCUGACGGAGUCUACUCUACGCCCGUAAGCCCUGAGGUCAUCGAGGGAAUUGAAUGCCAGUCGCUGUUCAAGAUUGCUCCCCUAAAUAGCAGACUAGUACUCUUGUCCUCGUUCCCCUUUCCUCGCUGUCAAAUCAAUACCUAGGAGGUAUAAGUAUCUCCCUCCGUCAACCGCCGAGACCGCAACAUAGUCCCGAUCCAUCCCCACUCAAUCGAUUGCCUACUCACGCUACUCCUUGCUUGUUUCCAUUGCCGUACUUUACCAUGGCAGACCCAAUACAUCCAGUGGUGGAGGUCCCGCAGGAAAAGUCAUCCAAGAUGCUCGAGGACACUCCCAUAGCCGAAGAUGCAGUGUUUGGCGAGAUCACAGAAGAGGGCCCGAACUACAGAGACGUUGGAUGGAUUGGUACGCUGGCUCUAAUGAUGAAGACUCAAUUUGGCCUUGGUGUUCUCGCCGUUCCAGGCGUCCUUGAUACGCUGGGUUUGAUACCAGGAGUCAUAUGCAUUUGUGCCGUUGCAACAAUCAUUACCUGGUCCAAUUAUGUUGUUGGCACUUUCAAGCUGAACCACCCCGAGGUGUACGGUAUCGAUGACGCCGGUUCCUUGAUGUUCGGUCGGAUAGGACGAGAGUUCUUUGGUGUUGCAGUCUGCAUUUAUUGGAUAUUUGCUUCAGGUUCUGGCCUAUUGAGCACGUCGAUUGGCCUGAAUGCUGUCUCUGCACAUGGAACCUGUACUGCUGUCUUCGUUGCAGUGGCGGCCAUUGCGUCGUUCGCCCUGGCCAGCGUCCGUACUCUCGGAAAGAUGAAAUGGAUUGCCUGGAUUGGGUCGGUAUGCGUCUUCGUUGCUGUUAUGAUUGUCACUAUCGCCGUUGGGCUCCAGAGCAGACCGUCUGCUGCCCCCAAGGAGGGACCAUGGGCGUCGGACUAUAAACUGGCCGGCAAUCCAUCCUUCACUAGCGCGAUCUCCGCCGUCUCCUCGCUUGUUUAUGCCUACGCUGGCACUCCUGGAUUCUUCCCAAUCGCGGCGGAAAUGCGUGACCCUUCACUUUACACCCGACCUCUUCUGAUCUGCCAGGGAGCCAUCACCGCAAUCUAUAUUACCGUUGGAACCGUCAUAUACUACUACUGUGGCUCUUAUGUUGCGUCGCCUGCACUGGGAUCAGCCGGGGUUCUGAUAAAGAAGGUCUCCUAUGGAAUUGCACUGCCCGGACUGGUCGUCAGCACGAUAGUUGUCCUCCAUUUCGCAGGAAAGUACAUAUUCGUCCGCAUCCUUCGCGGCUCGAGACAUCUUAGCGCCAACACACCGACACACUGGAUCACCUGGCUGGGGUGCACCUUCGCCGUGACCAUAUCUUCCUACCUCAUUGCAAGCGGUAUCCCCAUAUUCAGCGAUCUGGUAUCACUCAUCGGUGCUCUUCUUGGAACUCUCAUGGCCAUCCAGCCGAUGGGGUGCAUGUGGCUGUAUGACAACUGGAGAAGCGGCAAAGACCAGCCAACUGUCAAAUGGUCCCUGCUGGUCAUUUGGAAUGUUUACAUCGUUGUCAUCGGGUCGUUCCUCAUGGUUGCCGGGACGUACGGGGCUGUCGUCAAUAUCAUUGCUUCGAGCAAGGCGGCCUCGGGGAACUCGGCGUGGUCCUGCGCUGAUAAUUCGAACUCAUAGACUGCCGUGUGUGCAGUGAGACGAUUUAUGGAACCGAAGCUUCUGGCUAGUGUACUAUAUGAAGGAAUCAAGGGUAUCAAUAUAGUUGACCGGCUAUGAGGACAUCCAGGUGUGCUGGGAAUAUCACAUUCAAUUUCGUAUAUAGCAUGUACUCAUUAACCCCAGAGACCAUAAUGCUAAG